AUGUGCUCCCCUGUGGCCGGUUCUAAGAUUCUCUAUCGGAACUCCCGCCUCCUGCGCAUGGCGUUCCUGCAGCUCCAUCGCCAGCAGAGGGCAGAUGUAUUCUGUGAUGUCAUCCUGCAGGCAGAAGGAGAGGCUGUACCGGCUCACUGCUGCAUUCUCUCGGCCUGCAGUCCCUUCUUCAUGGAGUGCCUGGAGAGGCAAAUGCCCUCCAAGGGGUGCAAAGUGGUGCUGGAGCUGCGGGGUCUGAAGAUCGGGACUCUGCGGAAGCUGGUGGAUUUCCUGUACACCUCAGAGAUGGAAGUGUCCCGGGAGGAGGCCCGGGAUAUCCUGGCUGCCGCCCGGCAGUUCCAAGUAGCAGAACUGGAGUCGCUGCAGCUGGAGGGCGGGAAGCUGGUGAAACAGGUGCUGGGUCGGCGCUUGAACCGGAAGUGCCUGCAGCCGCCCAGCCUGGCUCCUAUCUCUGCUAGGGUCGUGCCGCAGGCCUGUCCGCCGGCUCCCACCACCCCAUGGACAUUCCACCCCCUGGUGGCAGGCAAGCAACGUACGGCAAAGCCCCCAGGUGAUGGUGGGGUACGUGCCAGCAGCACCACCUGUCAGGCGGAGAGCGCCAAGUAUUGGGCGGCUGUAGUACCUCAGAACGGGGGAGCCCAGCCGGGGAUGCAGGGUGCAGUGGCUCCUGUGGAGACUGGGAACGUGAGAACCAAGAGCCGCUCCUUGGGCUUAGACAGGAGCCUCGGUGUGGGGAGCACACUGGGCAAGGCUGAAGGGUCACCGGGCGAGAGGAGCGCUGAGCAGGCCUUUCCCAGCAAGGGUUGCACCACAGACUGCUCACCACUGCCAAGGAAGAUCAAGCUCAGCCGCCUGAAACUGCCGCCUCCCCACAAUGCCUGUGCCACAAAGGCACCCCCCACUGCAGCACCCGACAAGACCCCCAUGUCCAUCCGGCGCCUCUGGCGGCAGAAGACCCCAGGCUGGGAUGAAGCAGGUGGGCUAGAGCAGGCCAGCCCCUCUUGCCAUGCUGGGAGCCUCCCUGUGCCUCCAAAGACCAGCAACAGGAAGCGAAGCGCCAGUGCAUCGGCUUCUGGCUCAGACACUACCCCAGAGAAGGGGCAUGUGGGUAGUGUGAAGCUCAGGAAGGUUGUCAACGGGAGUUGCUGGGAGGUGGUACAAGAGCCACCAGCCAGGGAGCCCCAAGGAGCCCCAGUGACCAUGGGAGAGACAGGCACCUCCCGUGUUGCUUCCCCGCCCAGCUCCAGACCGCACAACUUUACGCGCUGGCCAGAGCUGCCAGAGACGCGGGCAGCCAGCUCCACUGAGCUGCUGGCGGGAAGGCUGGAGGCUGUGCCGCUUCCUGAGCAGGUGAUGGUAGAACAGGGGCCCUCAGAUGGGAGAGGAGGCUGCAGGGACCCUUACGAGCUAGACAUGGCGGCAUUGGAGCCCUUGAGUGAGAAUGAGGAGUUUGGGGACUCAGCCCCGCUGGAGCAGAUGCUGGACCUGCUGCUAUCAGGCAGUGGCGUGGAGGGUCUGGGCACUGCUGGGCCAGGAGGGACAGCAGGCUGUGCCCCUUCCAUGGGCCCCUCACGUGGGCCGAAUACAACACCCGUGGGUGCUGCUGCAGCAGGGGAGGAGUGGCAUCCCCCAGAGGUGCAGCUGUGGCCAGAGUGGGACGACCCAGGGAAGGGCCCCCUGCCAGGAUGGGAGGUGGGGGGUGGUCACUCCGCCCUUAGCACUGCAGAUGGGGAUCCCCCGGGGCAGCUUGCAGGUGGCCAUCUUGCACCCAGGAGGGCUCUCUCCAGCGGUCACCACCCCACCUCAUGCAGCCCAGUGCCCCUGGCACCCGCCAGCCCCCAGACUCUUCAGCAUCUGCAACUGGCAGCUGGCAGCAGGGAGGCUCCGUCGGGCCCACUGCCCCGUGUUCCUGCGGAAGGCAGCACGGGGAAAGGGCAGGGACUCUGCACCACCCAGGCUGCUGGGAUGGAGACAGGGUCCCAGUUUCAGGCACCCUGGGGGCUGCCCCAAAGCCGCCCAAAGCAUGGCCCUUUGGACCAUCAGCCCCUGGACAGUCCGGAGGGCGACGAGAUUGACAUCAUGGCCGGCGCUGAGGAGGCCCUGGUACCUGCUGGCAGCACCUGCGUCAGGCCUGACCCCUCCUCGGAGUCUGAUGAAGAGGUGGACAUUCUGAACUAG